AUGUUCAGCAAAAACCACAGCCUGGACCAAACUGUGUCUGACCCAAGGCUCCGGACCAAAGGGGGGCAGCUGUGGGCUGUGACUCCGAUUCCUGAGACAGUGGACGACUUUCUGAGGAACUUCCUUCUGAGGCUCGGUUUAGUCCAAACUCUGGACUGUUUCCAGCGAGAAUGGUACCAGAACCAGGACCAGAACCAGGACCAGAACCAGGGUCCAAAAAGGUUUGUCCCUGACGCUCUGACGCAGCAGACUCUCCUCCAAUCAGAGCUGGCACAGCGGCGUGAGGAGGCGGAGCUUCUGCAGACGCGGGUCUUGGAUCUGAACCAGACUUUGAUGCGUCUGAAGCACGAGCGCAACUUCCACCGCGAGCGGAGCGUGAGCGCGGAGGUACAGAAGGGGGCGCUGUGUGCGGACCUGGCACAGCUGAAGCAGCACCACGACAGCCUGGAACCCGCCCUCGCCCGCCUGACCCGGGGUCACGAGACCGCCCUGCGAGCACGCACGCUCAUCGCCAUGGAGACUGAGGAGGAGGUGAAGAGAGAUGGAUUUAUGAACGAGACAGGCCCCGCCCACUUCACUCUGCUCUGUUCCAUCAGAGCGCACCAUCAGCCAAUCAGCAACGUCGAAAUCCACCCAAUCAAACGGCUCCUGGCCUCGAGCAGCGACGACCGCACGUGGAGGCUGUGGGAGCUGCCGACCAAUCAGGAGAAGGUGGGGGCACUGCUGCUCUCUGGAGAGGGACAUUCUGAUUGGCUGACGAGCUGCAGCUUCAGUCCAGAAGGGGGCAGACUGGCCACGACCAGCGGAGACGCCACGGUGCGCGUGUGGGACUUGGACAGGGGGCGCUGUCUCCUCUCUCUGCCCGGACACCUCAGCUCCACGUGGGGGUGCUGUUUCCACCGCUCCGGCCUCUCUCUGGCGUCCGGCUCGUCCGACUGGACCGUUCGUCUCUGGGACCUGCCCGGCGGCCGCGCCCUCGCCACGCUGCGUCGCCACGGAAAAGCCGUCAGCUCCGUGCACUUCCCGCCGCACUCCGACCACUUCCUGCUGAGCUCGGGACGCGACGGGACGCUGCUGCUGUGGGACACGAGGGCGCCAGCGAGUCACCAGGCAACACACCGGAGCGCCAUUAACCACUGCACCACAGACACGACAGGUCGGGUGGUGGCCUCGUGUGACGCCGGUGGAGUCGUUAACCUGUGGGACGUCCGCGCGUUCCGCUCGCCGCUUUGCUCCGCCCACACCGCAGCAGGAGCCAAUCAGGUGAGCUUCUGCCCCGGCGGGAGCGAGGAGGUGGCGGUUGCCGGGGGCGACGGGCUGGUGCGUGUGCUGCGGAUGAGCUCGGGUCACGUGACAGAGCUGAGCGGCCACGUCGGGCAGGCGUGCAGCGUGCGCUUCGACCACCAGGGGGAGACUCUGCUGUCGGCGGGGACUGACGGACACGUGCGAGUCUGGAGCAGAACGACGCGGAAGGGCAUCUGA